UAUUCAUCGCCUCCUUAGCUAACCCACAAAAGCAUGCCUUCCUCCUUGCAGCUCCACCGAUCCACAAACACCUUCAGCGGCGGCUGCCACCAGAAACAGCAGGCUCAGCCCACCACACUGAGAAGUUGUUUCCCUCUUCCUCACGAUGUGUCUCUGCCGGACACGUUCUCGUCGUACCACGUCCACACCUUGAGGCCGAACCAGUGUUGUUCCGCGGUGGUUCAAGCCAUGGAAGCUCCGGUGGAUACGGUCUGGUCUUUGGUUCGUAGGUUUGAUAACCCUCAGGCUUACAAACAUUUCCUCAAGGGCUGCCAUGUGAUCGUGGGUGACGGGAACGUGGGUAGUCUUCGUGAAGUACAGGUGGUGUCGGGUCUCCCAGCAGGUUCCAGCACGGAGAGGCUGGAGAUCCUGGACGACGAACGUCACGUGCUUAGCUUUAGCGUGGUGGGAGGCGAUCAUCGGCUGAGAAACUACAGGUCGGUUACAACCCUACACGCUUCACUGAAUGGUAAAGGCACGGUUGCCGUUGAAUCAUUCGUUGUUGAUGUACCGCCUGGUAAUACCAGAGAGGAUACCUGCAUUUUUGUUGAUACAAUUGUACGUUGCAACCUUCAAUCCUUGGCUCAAUUGGCUGAAAACAUGGCUAAAACACCAAACUCAUUUGAUUCUCUUUAACUAUUUUCUUUCGUCUUCAAAUAGAUCCAUGAUGAAGUUGAAGAUGAUCACUUCUUAUUACCAGAGGGGGUUUAAUUUUUCACCAUUUUCUUUUGUGGAGAUUUUAGCUUUGAUGAUGACCCUCAAUUUUUUUGUUCUCUGUGUAAUUAUGAAUGUGUUUGUACAAUUCUCCCCAGAUUUUUACCUUGUU